GAAGUAGGAGGUGGGAUACUGAGCUUAUUGAGCCCCUUGGUGGGUAAAGGGGAAACUGAGUUUCAUAGUGAGAUGGGCUCGUCAGAGGUCAUGCAACUAGUCUGGAGCAUAGGGGAUCUCUGGAAAUGGGGGAAGCAUGGAGUCUCCACUCACUACCCAUCUACUUCCUUCUAGACCUUGUCCUUUGCUGGCUGUGGAGUGGAUCGGGCAGUGGCCCCUGUGGGUCCAGUCCCUGGAGCUGCCUGAGCCAGACAUGCAGCCCUUGCCUGCCGGGGCCUUCCUGGAAGAAGUGACAGAGGAGACCCUGGCCCAGCCAGAGAGCGAGCCAAAGGUGCUGGACCCUGAAGAGGAUCUGCUGUGCAUAGCCAAGACCUUCUCCUACCUUCGGGAAUCUGGAUGGUACUGGGGUUCCAUUACGGCCAGCGAGGCCCGGCAACACCUGCAGAAGAUGCCAGAAGGCACAUUCCUAGUACGUGACAGCACCCACCCCAGCUACCUGUUCACACUGUCAGUCAAAACCACCCGUGGCCCCACCAAUGUGCGCAUUGAGUACGCUGACUCCAGCUUCCGCCUGGACUCCAACUGCUUGUCCAGGCCACGCAUCCUGGCCUUCCCAGAUGUGGUCAGCCUUGUGCAGCACUAUGUGGCCUCCUGUGCUGCUGACACCCGAAGUGACAGCCUUGAUCCCGCUCCCACCCCAGUCCUGCCUAUCCCUAAGGAAGAUGCACCUGGUGACCUAGCGCUGCCUGCCCCUGUGGCCACUGCUGUGCACCUAAAACUGGUGCAGCCCUUUGUGUGCAGAAGCAGUGCUCGCAGCCUGCAGCACCUGUGCCGCCUCGUCAUCAACCGUCUAGUGGCCGACGUGGACUGCCUACCGCUGCCCCGGCGCAUGGCUGACUACCUCCGACAGUACCCCUUCCAGCUCUGACUGGGCUGGGCACCCUGCCCAGCCUCGCCCAGCCACACCCUGGAGGGGACACUGGCCCCAGCUGGACUCGGGCUCCUGCUAUCCCUCCUCUAGUCAUCCUGGUGCCUGCAUGCAUCUGGCAGCUGGACCAGGAAGAGCCAGCAGAAACAAGGCAGGGGGGUGGAGGGAGGUGUCACACAAUUUGGAGGUCAGUGCCCCUAGGCUCCGUGUGGCUCCAUUGUGGUGAGCCAUGUGUCAGAGGAGAGGAAGGCAGGACCUUGUCUCACCCUGUGGGCUAGGUCCAGGCUUCCACUCACUUGCCUGCCCAGGCCACCUUAACUGUGUAGAGUUUCCCAGCCCUUGUUUCUCAAUCCCCAGGGUGGGGCAGGCCCCCUACUGCUACCCAGCCUCUGUUUCUGGGAUAAUGGCAACCAGAGGAACUGAGAUUGAUAGUGACAGUCCCCUUAUCGGGGAGCAGGCUAGGUUGGGGGACUGCACAGUUAUACAGUAUUUAUUUAUUUAUUUUCCUUGGGCUUGGUCUCAGGGGUGAGCUGACCCCACCUCUCUGCCCUGAGCCCUGGGUGGUUCAGAGCUCUGCCCUAGCUUCUCUGGUUUUUCCCUGUGGAGAGCCUCAUCCUGAGACAUGUUGCUGGACCCAAGGCAGUCCUGGAUGUCUGGCACUGACCCACCCACCUGUGAAUGUGUCCACUCUCUUCUACCCCAGCCCUGUUUUGGGAGGGUGGGCAAAUGGAGAAGGAAAUGGAGCCAGAUCCUCAGUCCCCAGCAGAGCCUCUGGCAGGGCAGAGCCCUACCUGUGCAGAGCUGGCCUCACUGUGGCACAGGCCCUGCGCAAAUGCAAGUGCUAUGGCAGGAAGGGGUGCUGCUUCAAUGGCUGCUGCUGCAGCUCUGUGGGGGUCUUCUUCCUGCCCAGAAAGUUGCCUGCGCAUGAAAGAGGGAGAGAAAUACAUAUCUGAUAAGACUUUU